UAUAUUUGGCACCCACCUCGGAGAGACUUUCCCAAGUAGUAUGGAUCUGGGAAUUUCGAAGGACAGUGGCAUUUCCCGGAAGAGAAAAUCCAUGACGGAGUUUGAUCUUCGAGCGUGGAAGGACCAGUGGUUGAAGCUCUUUCCCUCCAGUCACGUCUUCCUCGACGUUGACCCCAAUUCGACCCAGGACUACACCAAAUACACAUUACGAUUAAAAUCACUUGGGUGCAAUAUUGUGACAAAGUUCAACCUCCAGGUCACAAUUAUCGUUAGCGAUAGAUCAUACAACUCGGCGAUACCCUACCCGUCCUGGGACCCGUUUACCCACCUUUGCAGCCAUCCCCAUAUUAAGGUAUGGUCUGCUGCCAAAUGUGAGCGGUUCUUGCAUCAUUUCCGCCGUCUUAGUAACCCCUACGUUCCCCCAGAGCAUCAGGCCGAGCGUGGGUUCCAAUACUUUGACAAGUCCAAGUACAUGGCCAUGGUGUACGAUCUCCAGCAGCGGCAGCGCCCUGUGGGAGUCAAAGAGUAUGCCAAAAGAAGCCAGCCGUUGUUUUGUAGCUCUCCAUCCGCCACGUUUGUUGGCGGAUACAUUUGCAUGGCCAAGAACCCAAUCACCCCUGAGAAGCAAGCAGCUAUUGUCGAAGCAUCUAGCGUGGAACGGUACAGAGACGAAAAUGCGACGAACGGCAGAAUGGGGCUGUAUAUGAGCCACGAGACAUAUGGACCGGGGGUCCCCCUCCACCGCACCUGGAGACGCAGCUCUGAAGAAGCACGACGUCUCAAGAGGUUGAGCGAGCUUUCCGUCCAUCCUUCGGUAUCAGAAAAGCUCAGAACAUUAAAGCUGAAAGAAAAAGAUCUGGAAAAGUCACCCAUAAUGACUCCAGUGAAGAGGCAAAACAAAGGGCCAAACACACAGCUUCUUACUCCACGGGACAGCCCUAUCAAACCCCUCGUUCAGGACUGUACCAACCCCCCGAGCACGGUCUACUGUGAACCGUGCCGCACCUUUAUUGAUCACUACGAAGAGCACAAGGUGUCGGCAAAACAUAGAAUGGCAAUCAGCUCGCCAGAAAGCCGUGAGGUGUACCGCGACAUCGAUCUGUUGAUAAGUCGCAUUGGCCAAGUCAGCGGUCUCAGUAGAUCCGUCAGUUAUUGGACAUGAACAUAACGAAAGCAGUAACUUAAUGAAUCACGAAUGAAACAGUAAUGU